AUGCACCUGCUGACACUCGCCCUGCUUUUCUCCUGUUCCUUCGCCCGUGCCGCCUGCGACCCCAAGAUCGUCAAUAUCGGCGCGGUGCUGAGCACGCGUAAGCAUGAGCAGGUCUACGCCAUCCUAGUCAGCCACCCACCCACCCCCAAUGACCACUUCACCCCCACCCCCGUCUCCUACACAGCCGGCUUCUACCGCAUCCCCGUCCUGGGGCUGACCACCCGCAUGUCCAUCUACUCUGACAAGAGCAUCCACCUCAGCUUCCUGCGCACGGUGCCGCCCUACUCCCACCAGUCGAGCGUCUGGUUCGAGAUGAUGCGCGUCUACAGCUGGAACCACAUCAUCCUCCUGGUCAGCGACGACCACGAGGGCCGCGCGGCGCAGAAGCGCCUGGAGACGCUGCUGGAGGAGCGCGAGUCCAAGAGUAAAAAAAGGAACUAUGAAAACCUCGACCAACUGUCCUAUGACAACAAGCGCGGACCCAAGGCUGAGAAGGUGCUGCAGUUCGAUCCGGGGACCAAGAACGUGACGGCCCUGCUGAUGGAGGCGCGGGAGCUGGAGGCCCGGGUCAUCAUCCUCUCUGCCAGCGAGGACGACGCUGCCACCGUGUACCGUGCAGCAGCGAUGCUGAACAUGACUGGCUCGGGGUACGUGUGGCUGGUGGGGGAGCGCGAGAUCUCGGGGAACGCCCUGCGAUACGCCCCGGACGGCAUCAUCGGGCUGCAGCUCAUCAACGGCAAGAACGAGUCGGCCCACAUCAGCGACGCGGUGGGCGUGGUGGCCCAGGCCGUGCACGAGCUCCUGGAGAAGGAGAAUAUCACCGAUCCGCCGCGGGGCUGUGUGGGCAACACCAACAUCUGGAAGACGGGGCCGCUCUUCAAGAGAGUGCUGAUGUCUUCUAAGUACGCGGACGGGGUGACCGGCCGCGUGGAGUUCAAUGAGGAUGGGGACCGGAAGUUCGCCAACUACAGCAUCAUGAACCUGCAGAACCGCAAGCUGGUGCAAGUGGGCAUCUACAAUGGCACCCACGUCAUCCCCAAUGACAGGAAGAUCAUCUGGCCAGGCGGAGAGACAGAGAAGCCCCGAGGGUACCAGAUGUCCACCAGGCUGAAGAUCGUGACAAUCCACCAGGAGCCUUUCGUGUAUGUCAAGCCCACGAUGAACGAUGGCACGUGCAAGGAGGAGUUCACGGUCAACGGGGACCCCGUCAAGAAAGUGAUCUGCACUGGGCCCAACGACACAUCGCCGGGCAGCCCACGCCACACAGUGCCUCAGUGCUGCUACGGCUUCUGCAUCGACCUGCUCAUCAAGCUGGCGCGGACCAUGAAUUUCACCUAUGAGGUGCACCUGGUGGCCGAUGGCAAGUUCGGCACGCAGGAGCGGGUGAACAACAGCAAUAAGAAGGAGUGGAACGGGAUGAUGGGCGAGCUGCUCAGCGGGCAAGCGGACAUGAUCGUGGCGCCGCUGACCAUCAACAACGAGCGCGCACAGUACAUCGAAUUCUCCAAGCCUUUCAAGUACCAGGGCCUGACCAUUCUGGUCAAGAAGGAGAUCCCCCGGAGCACGCUGGACUCGUUCAUGCAGCCCUUCCAGAGCACGCUGUGGCUGCUGGUGGGGCUGUCGGUGCACGUGGUGGCCGUGAUGCUGUACCUGCUGGACCGCUUCAGCCCCUUCGGCCGGUUCAAGGUGAACAGUGAGGAGGAGGAAGAGGAUGCGCUGACCCUGUCUUCGGCCAUGUGGUUCUCCUGGGGCGUCCUGCUCAACUCAGGCAUCGGAGAAGGGGCCCCCCGGAGCUUCUCGGCACGCAUCUUGGGCAUGGUGUGGGCCGGCUUCGCCAUGAUCAUCGUGGCCUCCUACACAGCCAACCUGGCAGCCUUCCUGGUGCUGGACCGGCCCGAGGAGCGCAUCACUGGCAUCAACGACCCGCGGCUGAGGAACCCCUCAGACAAGUUUAUCUACGCGACGGUGAAGCAGAGCUCGGUGGACAUCUACUUCCGGCGGCAGGUGGAGCUGAGCACCAUGUACAGGCAUAUGGAGAAGCACAACUACGAGAGCGCGGCCGAAGCCAUCCAGGCUGUGCGGGACAACAAACUGCAUGCCUUCAUCUGGGACUCGGCGGUGCUGGAGUUUGAGGCCUCACAGAAGUGCGACCUGGUGACUACGGGCGAGCUGUUCUUCCGCUCUGGCUUCGGCAUCGGCAUGCGCAAGGACAGCCCCUGGAAGCAGAAUGUCUCCCUGUCCAUCCUCAAGUCCCAUGAGAACGGCUUCAUGGAAGACCUGGACAAGACGUGGGUGCGGUACCAGGAGUGUGACUCACGCAGCAAUGCUCCUGCUACUCUCACCUUCGAGAACAUGGCAGGGGUCUUCAUGCUGGUGGCUGGGGGCAUCGUGGCUGGGAUCUUCCUGAUCUUCAUCGAGAUUGCCUACAAGCGACACAAGGACGCUCGCAGGAAGCAAAUGCAGCUGGCCUUUGCGGCAGUGAACGUGUGGAGAAAGAACCUGCAGAGCACCGGGGGUGGACGCGGCGCUUUGCAAAACCAAAAAGACACGGUGCUGCCGCGACGCGCUAUUGAGAGGGAGGAGGGCCAGCUGCAGAUGUGUGCCCGUCAUAGGGAGAGCUGAGAAGCCCCGCCCCCCUCCCCCGCAGACAGACAGACAGACGGACGGGACAGCGGCCCGGCCCACGCAGAGCCCCGGAGCACGACGGGGUCGGGGGAGGAGCGCCCCCCAGCCUCCCCCAGGCCGCGCCCGCCCGCCCGCCGGUCGGUGGCCGGCCGGCCCACCCGUCCAGGCCCCGCACGUGCCCCUGAGCGUCGGGCUAAUGGGCGCCUUGUCUGUGUAUUUCUAUUUUGCAGCAGUACCAUCCCACUGAUAUCACGGGCCCGCUCAACCUCUCAGAUCCCUCGGUCAGCACCGUGGUGUGAGGCCCCCCGGAGGCGCCCACCUGCCCA